AUGCAUGUUGCUUGUGAUGUUGCUACUGAUUUGGACAAAGCUUCCACUGCGCAAGUUUAUCCGAUACCAGACAUUUCCAAUAUUACAUACUAUACCUUGCCCGAGAGAAAGUCUUUGACACCGGAGAGACUUGCAGAUAUCUUCAUUCGAAAUGCGAAAUCAGUGAUUCAUAUAUUGGACUCGAAUACCACGAUUGUUCCAACCGAUCAAAUUUUGAAUAGUGAUUCGCAGAAGUUAUUGAGUCUCGAUAAUCUUUUUUACCUUGAGGUAAAGCAUAACAUUCUGCCAAUUGGGUCUAAUUACAUCCCGUUGUCCUCGUGCGUCUCGGCGCGUGCAUAUAAUCUGGAGCUUCCUUCAAUUGGGGUAUCGGUAACUCAUCGUGUGGCAGUUGCUUCUAGAUUCACAGUUGCGGUGGGAUCAAUGGUGGGUGUUGGCUACUUGUUGAACACAACGACUAUUGCACUCUCUUUUGGUGAUAAUGUCAAGUUUAAAUUAGCUACGGAAAGGUCAAUCGAAACUUUAGCUGCUUGUUAUCUGGUUCGAAACGAAGCGGCAAGGUUGUUUGGGUAUGUGACGUUGUGGAAAACCGAGCCACUAGUGAGGGAAAUUGCGUUUAUGAAUUGGAAGCAAAGCUGUUCAGGAGUGGGGAAAGAGGUGAAUAAGAGAGAGAAAGGAGCUAGUGUUGUAUUACAAAAAAGAGUCCAAAGAGGAGGACAAGUUGAAAAUGGCGCUAUGGGGAUAGAUGGUAGAGAAGAGAGACGUGUUGAUGGAGAUGGAGAUGGAGGUGGAGAUAGCAUUGGAAGUGUUGUGGUUGGUGAUUGGGGUAUAGCUAGAACACAAACUUUACUAGGGAAUGUGCCAAUUGCAGUGUUUUGUAAUGUUGGUUCGAGAAAAGAACUUAUGUGUGAUUUAAACAAAGGGAGUAUAGCUGACCAAUGUGGCCACGAAAUGAUGUGGAAAAUAUUGUACUGA